ACCUGUCAAAAUGACGAAACAUAGCAAGAACAAUACUGCAUCUUCAGUGUUUUCCUAUGCCGAAAAGCAGAAGACCAACUAUGGGACAAAACGGCAACGUUUAGGCAAUGAAUCCAUGCGAACAUUCGAUGCAUGUGCCCUCUGUUUGCAGCGUGCAAGAGAGCCUUUAGCCUGCAACCAUGGUCAUUUAUUUUGCAAAGAGUGUGUCUACACGGAUCUUUUGACCCAGAAAAAGGACAUUAAACGUCAAAAGGAUCGUUUGGAGGCCAUGAAGAAAGGAGCGGAGGGAGAAAAGGAGCGGGCCAAAGAAGCUGCAAGGCAACGAGUACUUCAUGAUUUUGAGAAGGGACAUCUUGGACUAUCGGGCAACACAACUGUUCUCGCGACUACAUCCGGAGCUGCCUCGAACGAAUCCACGGGUACUAAACGCAAGCUCGACAUUGAUUCUUCUACUGUAGAAACAUUAACGCGCGAAGCUGAAGAAGCUGCACUCCGACAGAUUGAGCGAGAACAGGCUGAAGCUUUGCGCCACAAACUUCCCGAUUUCUGGUUGCCUUCGCUAACUCCUACUUAUACAUCUGUCGGCCCUCCUGUCUCGUUAAAAGACGUUAAGCUCCAGACAACGUGUCGAGGCGGGAAUCCUCCACAUCCGUUAUCGUUAAAGUCCCUGGUCCCUGUCAAGUUCACGUUCCAUUCGACGUCGAAUGCCCACCUUGUCGGCUCAACAGCCUCGCCUACCCAAGACGAGCAAGCAAAAUCCAAACAGGAAGAGCAGCAAAGUCCUAUAUGUCCGUCAUGCAAAGGCGUCAUAUCGAAUAACAAAAUUAUCUUCCUGAUGAAACCAUGUGCCCAUGUCAUCUGCAAGACGUGCACAGAUUCUCUUGUCCGGCCCGCCCAUCAGUGUGUAGUUUGCGAUCAUUUGUUAGGGGAUCAAGAUAUCGUUGAAUUGAAGAGAGAAGGCACUGGCUUUGCUGGAGGUGGCCUAGCAGAGUCCUCACGAACGGGAGUUGCAUUCCAAGGAUGAUUAUGUAUAUCCCCGUUUCUGG